AGCAAUCAGCUAAAUCAGAAAUCAGAUCCCAUCCAACGUUCAACCAGAUCGGAAGUGACAAUAAUUGGAUCUUUAUAUUGGUGUUUUUCUUUUGGAAGAACUGAGUGAUAAAAAGUGAUUUUUAGAACAAAAAAUGGCCGGAAAAAUUAGCGGCUGUAUUGUUUUGCUGUUUGCCGUGUGCGCAGUUAAAGUUUUGUCACUAGGAGGUGGCGGAUGUCCAGAAAAAUUCGGUCGUUAUCCCACUAGUCAAUGUGAUGCUUACAUCGAAUGCAAGGAUGGUGUACCAGAAGAAAAAUUGUGCCCUGACGGUCUAUUAUUCAAUAAAGAUGUUGGACCAUAUACUUAUCCUUGCCAAUACCCGAUUGAUGUAACCUGUGAAGGACGUUCUGGACUCCAACAAGCACAGCCAACCGAUGAAUGUCCACACCAAUUUGGCUACUAUCGUUUAGGGGAUUCCAAAAAUUGUGGUCAAUUCAUGAACUGUGCAAAUGGGCGCGGUUACGUAUUUGACUGUCCAGAAGGGCUUGCUUUCAACCAAGCGACUUACCAAUGCGAUUGGCCAGAUCUUGUAGCCGAAUGUGACGCCGAAGCAUUUCUGGGAUUCAAAUGCCCACCUGUUCCACACACACCUGGUCUUGGUGAACCUGAACAUCAAUUCAUCAGGUCUCCUCACGAUUGCCAACAUUACUUCUUGUGCGUUACCGGAAAACCACGUCUCUACAACUGCGGCGAAGGAAGUGCCUUCAAUGAGCUGAUCAACAGUUGCGAUGGUAUUGAAAAUGUCACCAGUUGUGCUGGAACCCACCGAAAUGCUGGUGCCCAAGUACACAAUUUAGGCGGCCAACAACAAUCAAACUUUGGUCACCAACAAUCAAGUUUCAGCCAACAACAAUCGUCAUUUGGUCAACAGCAAUCUUAUUUCACUAAUCAACAGAGCAAUUAUAGAGGACAACAACAACAAGGAUUUGGUGCUCAACGAGGGAGCCACAGAUUCUAAACGAAAUGUUUAUUUUAUAUAAAACUAAGUUAUUUUUUUAUUAAAUUAUAAUAAUUAAAAUAAAUAAGUAUAUAUAUAUAUAUAUACAUAUAAUGUAGUGAAUCAUAAAUCUAGUCUUAAGAUGUUUCGAAAGAAUGAAAAUUUCAUUAUAUUUUAUUGUAUAUUUUAUGCGUUUAUAAAAU